AUAUCGAUGUAUCAAAUCUAAUCAGAAUCACGUUUCCGCGUUUAUUUAUUUACGUAUUUUGGUUAAAACAAACUGCCGGCGAAACCCCGGCAGCCCUGCUCGCUCCUCCACACAUGCUAUGCUGGUCGUGCAUCCCGGCACGUGGACAUAAUAAGAGAGCAUAAAUAACCAAUCCUGGACAAGAUCUGAUCUGAAGAUGUCUAUCUAGCCAAAAUGGCCAUUGACUAGAGCAAAAUAUUUGAAAAUAAUGGACACAUGUGGAUCCCCACCACCUGUUAAACGCAACAGGCAAAGCCCCACCGACGACGAGGAUAGCGUAGAAAUCCGUGCCGUUCUGUCCCAUGAAUACAAUGAGAUAGCCCUCAUCAAGGUCCACAGUUGCCAGCUGGAGACGAAACAGCAACUGCAGUCAGUAAUCCAGGAGCUCUCCCAGAAACUGCCCCGCUUCCAGCACUUGAAGCGCGUCCACGACCGCAAUGUACUCAUCUGCCCAACGUCGGACGUUGGCGGUGCGGAGAGCUUGGAGGAGCAUUUGCAGCGGUACGCCUUCUCCGCACAUGUACUGCGGGCCCUCUGCCACCAGGUGAAGGUCGUCGAGGUGCCCGCCCGCAUGCCCAAGCUGCGCGUGCAAUACGAACAGAUGAUCCAGCACUGGCCCUGCAAGUUCCAUCCGAAUCACUACUCGGAGUCGCUGCGAAAUGGCAGCAACUUCUCGAUCAGUCAGCGCAUCUUCCACAAGCGCAUGGGGCAACUACUGACUAAACUCUCCACGGAUGUGAAUAAGGACAGGCCAGUGGGCAUCUGUGUGGAUCCGCGCCAGCCUAGCAUUGUGUCCAUCGCUGGUGCCAGCGAAUCCUCCAGCGCCGACGGACAUGAACAUUGCAGCAUGCUGCUGGUGGAUUUCGUGGCGCGCAGUCAGCAAGGAGGAGCAUUGAGGAGCAACCUCAGCUUUGUCGAGGACCAAGAGAAUACCAAAACAACGCUACGAGGGCUGCCCAAGGCAUACUACGACUACUUGAAAAAGAACGAGGCGUACCAGGAUCUGAAAUUCGGAGCAGAGAUAUCCAGAAAGGGUCAGCCGCAGCAGCAAAUGUCGGAGGCAGAGCACGCACAAGGGGCCGAUAAUCUGGCCAAGUACGGACCGUACCUCUGCACAGGCUACGAUGUGUAUCUGCUGCAGGAGCCCUGCCUCAUGUGCUCCAUGGCCUUUGUGCACAGCCGGGCCAAGCGCAUAUUCUUCCUGCGGCCAUCGGACAACGGCGCCCUGGUCACACGGUUCCAGCUGCACGCGGUCAAGGAGCUGAACCAUCACUACGAGGUGUUCCAGUUCACCACAGACGGGAGUUUAACUUAACAAACACUUUGUUUAAUGCACUCUACAUGUUUUAGAAUAAAUUCUAUAGAAUAGU